AUGGACACGACUUUCAUCACAAUUCACGACCUAUCGCGCGAUGCCUCGGUUCUCUAUGCCUCGGACAGCAUUCAGGUCGUGCUGGGUUACCAGCCCCAUGAGGUGUUGAAUCGUUCUUGUUGGGAUUACUUCCAUCCUGAGGAACUGUCUUUCGCGCGCAGUGUGCAUGGUCGCGGCGUGCGAUUGGACAAGGCUGCCGUGUUGAAUUAUUGUUCUAUUCGGCAUCGGGAUGGAUCCUGGGUUGGUUGUGAGUGUGUGUUUACCGUUGUGUACGAUGUGUUGAUCGCGAGUACCACGGUUUAUGGAAGGGGGAAAGGAACUCAAAAGCGCGCUGUCGAUGCUCCCAUCGUCCGCCAGCUCUUCGACUCCUCGCCCAAUGAUCCGCGAUAUCACAUGUUGACUUUUAUCUCUGAUAAAUUUUCACGGCGGCUGAUCGAACCACUUCACGAGCCGCGCGCGGCUCUUUUCGUUAAUCGCUUCACUCGCACUGCCACGAUCAUGUAUGCUACCAGCGGCGUGCAAGAGAUCCUAGGCCUGAGCCCGCGACAACUCGUGUCGAAGAGUUUCUUCUACUGUAUUCAGGAAGAAUGUUUGAGAGAUGCAGUUCGGUGUCUAGAGGGUGCGAAAGCAAACGACUCGAUUGCAUAUCUGCGCUUCUGGUUCCGCAAUCCAUUGCAAGAGGAUAACACAGAGGCAGAAAUGCCCGAGUACGAUGGUUAUUCGUCCGCUGGUGUAACGACCGAUUCGUCUGACCGCGCUCACUACGUCGCCCCCCCCCACCUGUUGAGCUGGAAGCUGUCGUUUCUUGCACCUCCGAUGGGCUUGUGGUUAUUCUUCGCCGUGCCCGAGCUCCCAUUCCUGGUGGCCCUCUUCCACCAAAACCUGUCCCGGCUUAUUCCAAUGGUCUCUUUGCGGCGCCUUGGGCUUUGGAGCCUGUUCUUUCAUAUGGGCCCUCGUCAUAUUCUCAACCUGCGCCUUCGCAUGGCUUGA